AAUGGUCCUGCGGUUGCGGGGGAGUCCGACACAAGAAACAAGCUUACAGAAGAUGUUUGGAAGAUGGAGAGUGGGCAGAGAGAACACCGGGCACGAACAGUCGUACAGGCGGGUGGACAAACUACACAGAAUGCUACGCGCAAGAGGUAGCGGAACCAAUAAACCUCAUGCAAACGACGCUUAGCAACCAGGAAGUUGAACAGAAAUGGCCAGUAAUUACCUUGUAUCACAUCAAGUCAGAUAUCAGAUUCAGGUAUGCAGUGACAGUGAUGCUAACAGAGCUGGUGAACAAUGGCUCUUUGGCAAAGGAGCUGACUUUCAUGUUACGGCUGCCAAAGAAAGCGCUCAUCUCUAACUUCACGCUGGAAUCAAAUGGCAAGGUGGUGCAGGGUGUGGUAAAGACUCUUGCUCUGGGUGAGGAGGAUUAUAGCAGAGUGCAGAGGACUGCGUCUCUGGGAGCCUACAUCUCAGCUAAGCCGCGCAACACGCACGAGUUUGUGGUGAGCGUGAACGUUCCCGCGCGGUCAAGCAUCGCGUGUCGUCUGCAGUAUGAAGAGCUGCUGGAGCGUCGCCUAGGCACCUACCAUCACGUGCUCGACAUGAAACCGGGACAGAUUGCCCCAGAUUAUAGGGUGGAUGUAUACAUUGAAGAGAGUCAGCCAGUGGUGUUACUGGAGAUGCCCAAGCUGAGAACCAGGAACGCAAUUCUGAAGCUGGCCAAUGAUACCGAUAACGGUAAGGUGAAUGUGUAUCGUUAUCCUACGACUGACUCUGGCUAUGGCAUUCAUUUGUCGUACUACCCGUCACCACGGCAACAGGCACAGCAGACGAACGAGGGAAUAGAUGCGCAGCUUGUCAUCAAGUAUGAUGUGGAGAGGAGGCAGGAUGCAGGAGAGCUGCAGGUGUUUAAUGGACAUUUCGUUCACUACUUUGCACCGAGUGGAUUUGAGCCGAUCAACAAACAUGUGGUGUUCAUUCUGGAUGUCAGUGGUUCCAUGCGAGGAGACAGGAUUAAACAGCUCCAGGAGGCUAUGUACGGCAUCCUACAGCAACUACAGCGCGGCGACUUCCUCAACAUAAUAGCCUUCAACACGCUCGUGCAGCACUGGCAGGGUCACACUCCAAAGCCGUACAGCCCACAGACUCUGAUCAGCGCUACCGAGUUUAUAUCCAAUAUGACCUCGAGAUCAAGCACAAACAUCAACGCUGCACUGCUUGAUGGCGUGACGCUGUUCAAUGAGUUUGAGAACCUCGACGUGAGUCAGGGCCUCGUGUUCUUCUUGACGGACGGAGACCCGACCGCGGGAGAGAAGAAUGCCACCACGAUACUGAACAACAUUAAUGUGCGCAAGCAAGGGCUGCGGCGGGAGUUCUCCAUCUUCAGCCUUGGGUUUGGCGACAGCCUCGACUUCUCCUUCCUCGAGAAGCUGUCGCAGGAGAAUAACGGCCGAGCACGCAAGAUCUACACGGGCGAGGACGCCGUCUCGCAGCUGACGGGCUUCUAUAGCGAGAUCUCGAAGCCCGUACUGUCCAAGGUCAAGGUCGUCUACCUGGAUGACCGCGGCGAGGAGCUGGAUGCGAACCUGACGCAGUCGCACUUCUUCAGCUUCUUCAACGGCAGCGAGAUUGUCGUUUCUGGCAAGCUUCGCGACCGAGAGACGAACAGCGUGCAGGCAGUGGUGACGGGUGAUGCCAAGGGCAGAACCAUCGACUACCGAGUCGGAGCUCUUGUCACAAAGGAUGCUUUAAUGUCGUCUCGGCUGCUGGAGAGAAUCUGGGCUUACAUGACGGUAAAGAAGCUGUCGAUAGAGGCACUGAGAGCAACCGACCUAGUCCAACUGGACCGCAUCAAGGAUGCUGGCAUCAAACUCUCCUUGCAGUACAAUCUGGUAACUCCGUUUACAUCAAUAGUCGUUAGUGAGCCAGAGGUGAGCAUCUCGAUGGACAGGUCUGAUCGCUAUGCUAAAGAGGCAUAUCGAACUCGACAUAAGACAGAUAAGGAUGCACCAGCCAGCAUCAACUAUCUGCGCAUUGAGACUCGUGUUGUCUACCGCUUUGCCUACACGACCGUCAUCGCACACGUUGCAACCCCCAAUGCCCCAGGGAGGAACACCGCUGAGAUCCUUCUUU